AUGUCUGUCAUUCACAUGCAUCGUGUUGGUGAAUCUAUGCAACACAAAAACUCCUCGGAAUUUAAGUCACCGUUUGAAAACGCCAUUUUCCCCGCAAACAUCGUGAGUGGAAUGCCUGGCCUGAAUUCCCUCGAACCUUUGGAUGUGGAGAACGCUCGGUCGUACAACGACAUAUUUGGCAGUGAUAAAGUUGUUCAGAAGAUUUACUUCCCUUUUCUGAUACCUUCUGUUCACCUCUGUUCACGUGGUCAUGUGCUUGUUUUAAUCUACAUUCAUUCUGCGCUGACCAAAAGACAGGAGAGGGAUCGGAUCCGGCAGAGCUGGGGUUCCGUAAACAGCCGUCGAGGGCAACGGCUUGUCCACGCAUUCCUGCUGGGCACGUCACGUGAUCAGAAAAUAAUGGAUCGGGUGAGACAAGAGAGCGAUGAGUACGGUGACAUUGUACAAGGGGAUUUCCACGACUCGUACCGCAACUUGACUUACAAAAACUUGAUGGGCCUCAAAUGGACACUGGAAUAUUGUCCGAAGGCCAAGUUCAUCAUGAAAGUGGACGACGAUACCCUGAUCGAUCCAUACCACUUAAUCAAUUUCUUACUAGACCUACCGCUCAAACUCAGAACUAAGGAAGAUUUUCUCUAUUGCUCAGUCAUGAUACAUAUAGGAGUCCCCCAGAACCUUGAUGACAAGUGGCAUAUUCCCGCCAAGGAGUACCCGUAUCGCUACUACCCAGCUUAUUGUGAAGGCUUUGGUUACAUCCUGUCCAUUGGCGCUGCCCGGAAGCUGCUGGACAUGGCUGCUUAUGUACCUUACUUCUGGAUAGAUGACGUCUACGUGACUGGGUUCUUACCAUACCGUCUACAUAUGCAACCCUCGAGUACUGCCCCUGGACACGGGGUCACCCUCAUGACACCUCAACUAACAAGGGACCUCAUUAGAAACAAUAUCAUGUUCUUGGCCAAAAAUUCCUUUUAUUCCAAAAAUUGGGAAGAAACAUGGAAUAAAAUCAAAGAUUUACAUAGAUAA